GAGCCCCGUGGCUGCCUCUGGAGCAAAACUCUGUAGAGCCUUCAUUGCUCAGGGGCAGAAAAAGAGACCUUUCCUUGCCCCUGUCCUGUUUGGGAAGCCGAAGAUGACGGACCAGAAUUGGAAAGCCAGCUCCACUGACCUCUCUGCUUGAACUUCAGCGAAGGGAAACUCAAGAUGACACACUGGGAUAGCAGCAGCCUCGAGCGCACCGGCGUCCCUCCAUGUCAUUGAACGGCUCUGAUCCAUGGGCCUGCCCGUCCUUCAGCCAGAUGUUUAACCCAUCUAGGAUGUUCAGUUGGCACCGAUCGUUCAACAUCAGCGCUCCAUGGAGAAAAGCAGUCAAGAAGAACCUGCCGUCGGAUGGCAAGGUGGUUUUAACAAACUUGAAGAUACUCUCCAGUGAAAUGACCCAAGAUGAAGAACUCGGACAAGUCCCUCCUCCUGUCACGGACUCCUUAGAGGAACCCAGAUCUCCUGAAUCAAGCAUCCUGUUAGGGCAUCAGGAAAAUGCAGCCGUCUUAAGGGACACUCCAGUGGACACGGUGUACAGUGCCACCUUCCCGGACCUCGACCCUGUAGAAUCCAAGUGCUGUCUUCCAAGGUUAGCUAAGUUUGAAUCAGAGGACUCGGGCGUGGAAUUGCCGAGUGGACCCAACUCCCUGUCGACCCCCACAGGCUCUGAAAAGAGUUUUGUGCUUCAUAGCAGAGAUUCUUCCUGUGACUCUGGAGUGCUGAGUGCCUCUUCCUCUCCGGAGGCAGGCCACGUGGUCAUGAGAACGGGCAAAGAUGCCGUCGAUGCUUGCUUGUGCAUUUCAGAUGGCAAGAAGCCAGAGGAGCUCUACGAAGGGCUAGCGGGUGCCAAAUCGACUUCCUUGGAGAAUGUCACUGACUGUUUGGAGGAGAGGAAUCCUGACCAAUCUUUUGACAGCAUCCAAGGAGAAUGUUUGGGGGACAAACCGAGAGAAGAGGCCAACACAGGCCCGCUCUUCAUCACUCCAGUGGGAGACAAAAGGCCUUCUGGUGGUCAUAGCAAAGAGAGCUUGGGCAGCCUUCAAGAGAUACCACUGGAAGAUCAUCCCCUAAGAAAAUAUCCCACAAGUGACAGCUUGGAUGAGUACAUGGAUGAGUGCUGCAGGCUGAGUGAGGUGAAUCAAGGGAAUGCCAAGGUCCUCGGCUCAGGCCUGGGUUACCUGGAGCACAUUUGCCAGCUUAUAGAAAAAAUUGGGCAGCUGCAAGAACAGAACCUGCGCUUACAGAAACAAGUCUGUGGUUUGCAAAAAGAACAGAAGGUGAACCAGCUUAAAGAGGAGUAUUUUCUGCAGCGUUGCUCCUGUGGCGCUGCCAGCAUCUUGCUCGGCUCGUACCAGGAGGUGAAGAAUUUCUUUGCGGGGAAAAGCAGACCUCACAGCCUCUUGGUGCAGAAUGGAAACGUCUCCGAGCUCUCAAUCAUUCCAGAAACGGGAGGCAGGAGAGAACAACCAGGCAGCUCUAAAGGGGGAGAGACAUUUGCGGAUCUGGGACAUCACCAGCUGAUGAUGAGAUUACAGCUAGCAAAUGGAGAAGAGGGACGUGGCGACGGUUGUAGUGCAAUUGUUAGUCAAGCUCAUCUCCCAAAGGAACCAGCCAUGAAAAGAGGCUUGGACAUCAGCAGAAGUGCCUCAGGUGAAAGCCAUGCCUGGGGAAGAAUGAGAGACCUUGUGAGAAAGACCAGGGGAAGGAAUCAGAGCAAGCUGGGGCUGUCAUCAGCUGCCUUGAAAAGGUCCUGCCCUCAGCUCUACAGGCCCGACGUUGCGACUUCGGAUUUGUGUAAAGUGGAGAGGAACUCGAUGACCUUUUUGGGACAAGGCUCGAGGAACGAAAACACCUGGCCUUUCUGACGGGAAGGAAAGGUGACAGAGAGCAUGAGCAGAACUGUUCCCUGAGCAGGAGCCAUGAUCACGGGACCUCUCUUUUGGGCUGCCUCUUGAAUGACAGCAGCCUGGGCAAGCUGCCCUGGUGUGUGUCCCUGUCUCCAUUCAAGGAAGAUCUGACCUUUCAAAGACUCCUUAAUGGCACGUGUGGAACAAGGUGGACGGGGGGCUCAGGGAAUCCAGUCAAAAUAACCUUUUGUCUUGAGUGGGAAAGGGAAAGGGAAGGAAAGAAACAGGAUUUCCCAAAGACUCCCUGAGACAAUAGUUCAGAAGACGGCUUGAAGCCCGACGGUUUUCAUCAGUCAAAUGAGUAACUGGUAUACCUGGUGGGUUACUCAGACAUGAUAUAAUUUCUUUUAUGAUCUGGUAAAACUGCUGGUGAUGAAAUCGCGAAACAAAACCUUGACUAAUACACCUUUGCAUUGGGUGCAGUUUUGUUUCGGAAAGGAGGAAGUGUGCAUUUGGAAGGUUACGAUGCUAAAUGUCUGUGCUUGGGCAGAGGGGAACAAAGAAAUUCUGAGAGCCCUAUAAAAGGUGUCUGUUCACGAAUUUAAAAUGCAUAUGUCCAAAAUAUAGUUGGUUAACGGAGUUAAUUCGCAAGCAGUCUCGGGAGGAGAGAAAGUGAGGCUGUUUUAGCAAAAUCUGCUGGGAGUACUCUAGUACCUGAAAUAUCUGCAAAAUUAUUCUGACUUAUGCUUUUGAGAGCUAGAGUGCAUGCAGAAUGAAGUGUUACCUGAACAGACAGGAGCAUGGCUAUAACCUGAGCAACGUAAUCCAUGACCAUCACUUACCUAGCGUUAGUCUCACAGGGCUUGUCCAGGUGCCCUUUUCUGGGCCAGGAAAAGUCUUUCCUCACGCUGGCUGUGAUUCUGUGGCAAUAGCAUAAUGGUGGUUCAGACAAAAUGGUUAACGGGACGGAACUUCCCUGGAGUGUCGGUGGUAAUGAACGAAUCUAUUAAUUCCUGUAAGAAUCAGGGUAGGAAAUUUUACAGGGUGGAGGGACAGAGAGAAAGAGAAAGAAAGAGUGAGAGGAAAUUGAAGGUAGAAAAUGUUCUGAAAUGACAAGCAUUGCCACAGGAGGAGGACUGCUUUGCUUGAAUUCUCCACUUUUUCUGGUGCUGAGGGCGCUUAAGCAUUACAGCAGGGAAACUGCUUGUCCUGAAAAUAAAAAACAUUUUUUUAAAAAAAAGCCCCAAACUGCAAAGACAAGGAGGGCCCCCUCUCUCUCAUUAUCUGGGUGACGUCACAGGCAUUAUCCAAUAGGAGCUAAAACAGUCAAUAGAGUAAUUUUCACACUGGCGCUUAAUAGAGGCUUCUGAUGAGCGAGGGAAAUGGCAUGUUGCCGAUUGCAGGAGGAAUUACAUGACCUUGAAGAACAUGGUCUGUAUGACCCACACUGGAAGACCAGUUGCAUGUGAUCCAUUCUGUUUCCUAAAAAGGAAACGGCCAGAAUAGCCUUGAACGUACCACGCGAAAGCUGAAACGGAUGGGAGUCCUGAAUAUUUAGGGAUGCUCUUUAUUUUGUUAUGGAAAUGCCUAUAUCUGAAAGAAGCAGAAAUGGAGUGUUUGCAACAUGCUGUGAAAGCAUUUUGGCUAAACAUUGAGCCAAGAUAAGAAACAAAAGGACAGAGGUUUGCAUUCCCUAGGAUGGUGUAAAUAGUCCCACAGUAUGAUUCUAAGUGCGUUUUCUGGGAGUUAAAUCCCAUUUCGUUUAAUGAAUCUUAAUUUCUAGCCGGCAUGUUUAAGUUUGCAUCUAUAAAAGUACAUCCUGUGAAGCCAUCAGAGACAUCUUGGACUGUGUUCCCAGUAAGUCACUGAAUGCAAACCCCCCACCCCAAAACACCCUGUAGGGAUCAAAGCUUCGUAUGUCAAACAGGAAUGUUUGCUCAGCUAAAGUUGCCAAAGGCUAGAAGUAUUUGCAGAGAAGAAUUUUGCAUGAAAGCUUUCUGUGCUGCAGAGAUUUCUGAGUGCUAGCAGUCUGGUUAUGACAUGCAAAAAAGAAAUCUCUAGAUGAUCUAGGUCUAGUUAGGAUUGAUCUGACCAUGGUGGGGGCUUGGGGACAUCAAGGGGCAGUGGUCAUUCAAGAUCUGCACGCAAGUCCAGGCUCUUCCACCAUGACCAGUUGACCACACCCAGGAACCUCUGGGGAUGUUACAGGAGAGCUAAACCUGCGUUCUACACAUCCCUGCAGAGUGGCACACGUUCUUCCGCUCUUUCUAAGUAGCAACAAUAGUUUGAGCAGGAGCAUGUGCAGGACAGGUUUCAAUCUCGGUAUUAGUACAACUUCGAUCCCCUCUCAACAGGGCAACAUGGAACCAUUGCCAACUUCCUGCCUAUCUUUGUCCAAAUUGCAGAGAGCUGUGGUACAGGGCGUUUUGAGCUUUCCUCUUGUGUAGCCCCCUUGACUGCGUAGCAGAGCACAGAGAAGGCCUUGGGUUCAGUCUUCAGCACCUCCAGUUAAAAGGCGGACAGGGAAAGACUUCUGACAGUCUGAGAGCCAAGCUACAAGUGACGCCUGACACAGGUUGGACGCUUGUCAGCUUCCCUCAAGUUUGGAUGGGAAA